AUAUAUAAAAAUACAGAAGUAGGCAUAAAUUAUGUUCGUAGUUGAUUGUACAUUAUUGCAUAUAUUCUAAUGUAAUCAAAAAAUUAUCAAUAGUUAUUCAGAAUUUUACACUUAGAAUAAAAAUGAAGUAUUGGCAAUUGAUUACUCUUUUGUUGAUAAUAUUCUGCGUAAUAUUUAACAAAGCGAUUCAAUAUUCAGAUGACGAUGUAAUAUGUCAAUUUGAAAAAGGUACCACCAGAAAAGCUGCUGAAAUUGGAAACUUGGAAUUUUUAAUAUAUGCUCAUGAAAAUGGAUGUAAAUGGGAUGAUGAUACGACUAUUGUAGCUGCUGGAAAAGGUAAUUUGGAAUGUUUAAUAUACGCCCACGAAAAUGGAUGUGAAUGGAAUGAAGAAACAACAAAGGCUGCUGCUACUAAAGGAUAUUUAGAAAUCUUAAAAUAUUUACAUACAAAUGAAUGUCCCUGGGAUGAAAGCACAACAGAAGCAGCAGCAAAAUAUGGUAAUUUAGAAUGCUUAAAAUAUGCUUAUGAAAAUGGCUGUAAAUGGGAUGAAUUAAAAAUUGUGAAAAUUGCUUUUAAAAAUAAUGAUAUAGAUAUUUUGAAAUAUGCCCAAAAAAAUAUACUCAAAUUAAAUAAAGUUUUAUCCAUCAUGGCUGCCUUUGCAGGUAAUAUAAAAAUUUUAAAAUAUGCUCAUGAAACUGAAUGUCCUUGGGAUGAUCGUACAACUGAUACGGCUGCAAAAUAUGGUCAUUUAGAAUGCUUAAAAUAUGCCCAUGAAAAUGGCUGUGAAUGGAAUCAAUUCAAUAUUGUGAUGACUGCUAUUCAAACAGGUAAUCUAGAAAUUUUAAAAUAUGCCCACAAAAAUUUAUGCGAAUUGAAUAAUGACGCAUCUACUAUGGCUGCAUUAAAAGGUAAUUUAGAAAUUUUAAAAUAUUUACAAAAAAAUGAAUGUCCUUGGGAUGAAAGUACAACAGAAGCAGCUGCUUCUAGUGGUAAAUUUGAAUGUUUAAAGUAUGCUCAUGAAAAUGGAUGUCUUUGGAAUGAAGCUACAACUAGAGCUGCUGCCUCUAAUGGCAAAUUAGAAUGUUUAAAAUAUGCCCAUGAAAAUGAAUGUCCAUGGGAUAAAAGUACGGCUGAUGCAGCUGCUUCAUAUGGUCAUUUAGAAUGCUUAAAAUAUGCCCAUGAAAAUGGUUGUGAAUGGGAUGAAGAUACGGCUAUGGAUGCUGCUAUGAAUGGUAAUUUGGAAUGUUUAAAAUAUGCUCAUGAAAAUGGAUGUAAGUGGGAUGAAAGCACAACAGAAAUGGCUGUUUAUAAUGGUAAAUUAGAAUGUUUAAAAUAUGCCUAUGAAAAUGGAUGUCCUUGGGAUGCAGGCACAACACAAGGAGCUGCUUUUUAUGGUGAAUUAGAAUGUUUAAAAUAUGCCCAUGAAAAUGAAUGUCCAUGGGAUGAAGGUACAACACAAGCAGCUGCUUCUAAUGGCAAAUUAGAAUGUUUAAAAUAUGCCCAUGAAAAUGAAUGUCCAUGGGAUAAAAGUACGACUGAUGUCGCUGCAAAAUAUGGUCAUUUAGAAUGCUUAAAAUAUGCCCACGAAAAUGGCUGUGAAUGGAAUCAAUUCAAUAUUGUGAUGACUGCUAUUCAAACAGGUAAUCUAGAAAUUUUAAAAUAUGGCCACGAAAAUUUAUGCGAAUUGAAUAUAGACGCAACUUCUAUGGCUGCAUUAAAAGGUAAUCUAGAAAUUUUAAAAUAUUUACAUAAAAAUGGAUGCCCAUGGGAUGAAAAUAUAACAAAAGCAGCUGCUUCUAGUGGUAAAGUUGAAUGUUUAAAAUAUGCCCAUGAAAAUGGAUGUCCAUGGGAUAAAGCUACAACUAGAGCUGCUGCAGCAAGUGGAUGUUUAGACUGCUUGAUAUAUGCUCAUGAAAAGGGAUCUUAUUGGGAUAAAGAUACAAUAGCUGCAGCAGCUGUACAUGGUAAUUUAGAUUGUUUAAAAUAUGCCCAUAAACAUGGAUGUGAUUGGGUUGAAGGUACAAUGAGAUUGGCUGCAGCGAAUGGACAUUUUGACUGCAUUAAAUAUGCUUAUGAAAAUAGUUGUGAGUGGGACGAAGGCACAACAAGGGAAGCUGCUGCUAGUGGUUAUAUAGAUUGUUUGAUAUAUGCACAUAAAAAUGGAUGUAAAUGGGAUGAAGGGACAAUGAGUGGAGCUGCUGCAAAUGGUCACUUAGAUUGUCUAAAAUAUAGUCAUUUAAAUGGGUGUGUGUGGGACAAAGAGACAACAAGACUUGCUGCUGCAAAUGGUCAAUUAGAUUGCAUAAAAUUUGCCAAUGAAAAUUACUGUCCAUGGAGUAGUGGUACCAUUUAUGAAGCUUUUCAAAAUGGUUAUAUAAGUAUAGUCAAUUAUGCUACCGACAAUGGCUGCCUUAAUUAAUUGUAUGUUGAAAUAUAAUUAUUUUUAUUUUAUUCACUUAAGAGGCGGCUAUGUCAUUAUUUUUUAUAUAAAUUAACUUGAAAUUUGAUAUGUAUUUCAGAAGGUAUUGAUUUUAAUAACAGCAUUUUUGAUAGUUUACUUUCUUAAGAAGUACUAUUUUUACGAAGUAUUACCAAAAUCUUAUAUAUGAUAUCAACAUUUUUUCUUUUCUACUUAGUUUUCCGUCACAUUACAAAAAACUAGUAUAUUCAAUUAUCAAUGUGUAUUUUAAUACGUUUAAGACGAUUUUU